GCAAGCCACGCACGCAAACACGUCGUGCUAUCCCGCUGCAAAUCGAUCGACUUUUCACUUGUUUCAAGAGUGUAGUGCAUAGUACUUAGAUACUCCUUGAAAAGUCAAUCGUAGGGCACGUUCGACGUUAGUACUACGAGAAUAAGGACCAGUUUCAUAAUCGAGCAAAAUGACGAAAGGUUUGGAAACGGUGGCUACGAUGGCUUGCAUGAAGACCCUGCUAAUGCUUUUCAACUGUAUCUUCUGGAUAUUUGGCAUAUUGGUACUGGGCAUUGGAAUUUGGACGCGAAUUCGACUUCAUGAUUACAUGGAUGUAAGCGCAGAGAACAGUAGGGCAGCUUUAUUGGCAUUGGCUUGUUUGGGCGGUAUUUUAACUUUGACAGCGACACUUGCCUGCUGUUGUACAACCCACGGCCAUCCGGCCCUCUUGUUUUUGUACGGUGCUUUCUUGGCUAUUGUUGCAUUACUAGAACUUGCAGCUGGUGCAUCGAUCUAUGCUUACCGUAACAAUCUAAAUGAAAAAUUUGAUCACGAUUUCAAUCAAACGAUGCUUAUCUAUGGCCAGAAUGAGAAGAAGAGCGCUGACAUCGACACUAUACAAUCUACAUUGCAAUGUUGCGGAAACAGAGGUUACACCGAUUGGUUGAACAUAUCUCCAGCAAUGGAAAUACCAUCAUCCUGUUGCAAAGCAAGCUUGCUAGAGAAAAAUUGUAACGUUAAUGAUAUAAACGACAUAUAUACUCAGGGUUGCUACACUCGCGUGUUACGCUUCAUAAAUGGUAACAUUGGCUUGGUUGCUGGAGUAGCAGUCGGCGUAGCAUUCUUCCCGUUCAUAGGCGUCUUCCUAGCUUGUUGUUUGGCUAGCAACAUCAACAAAGUCAAGUAUGAGCAGGUUGCUUAGAAUUUGCGUCGUUCGCAGAAAAGUCUGUGCCAGUAAGAAGAAUCUACAUCGCUCAGAAGAAGAACGUUUUCAAAACAACCAACCUCCAUUCUGUACCAGCGAAUAAAAUUUGC